AAGUAAACAUUGAAAACGAAACGCAACAAGCAUGGAAACUAUCCGGAAUUAUUUUAAAGCCAGUGAACGGUUCGAGCUGCAAAAUAUAGAUUCUGCCAUUAACUUUGCCAAUUCCGAGCAGGGGCAUAUUAAUGAACGUUUAUUUGUGGAAAGCGUAGAUGUAUUACGGUCUUUCACACCAUUCUUCCUCACAUUUAACGAAAUGCACCUCAGACAGUUCGCACCAAAUGACGGAAUAUCUUCAAAAAUAAAAAUGUUGGUGAUUGCGGCCCAAACUGCUGAGCUGAACAGCAGGUUUGCGGUGCUUCACAUUGCGGUGGCAGUCACAGAAGAAGUCAUCAUGGGCAGCAAUAAAAUUAAGGAUCAUGUUCAACGUGUGCUGAUCCGCAUUGGUGGCAUACGAGUGAAUGGAGAGAGUAUCCAAAAAAAAAUAUUGGCGGUAAUAUGCGACGGCUGUCCAGCUAAUGAAGUGGCGGUUCAGUACGCAUACCAUUACGCCCACAUUCCUGUACUUACCGAUUACACGCACUUGGAUAUAACGUUGUCGACCAAUUACAAGUGCGCGAACAAAAUAUUACGUAGGGUAUACAGGCAAACAAUAUACAAGAAAAGUUCGUGGCAGUCGGAGAUGGACGCUGCAGAUGCAGCUGCAGCGUUGUCGCCCCAUUGGGAGUAUAAGGAGCGGGAGCUUAGGAAUUUAAGAUUAAUGUUAGGGAAAUUUUUCGAUUUAUGCCCGUCAGACGAUCUCAGUCUGCACAAUACAAACAAUGAUGACCUGGAGACGUUCCUUCGAUGCCUCCAGAGCGAAAUUGUUUCAUUAGCAGCCGGCCACGUACCGGAACUGAAUAACAUAACAAGAGCUCCAAGAUUUUUGUUGCAAUUUGCAGGAGUUUUUAUGAAAUUGCUAGAAAUGAAUUAA